ACCCAACCCCAGGUCAUCUUUUAGUUAACAACACACACACGACAGUGCCUCAUCUCUCUCUCUCUCGUUUUACUGUGUGCGCAUCGGAGUAGUAAACCAUGUCAUCGAAGGACAAGAAACCAGCGAAGCCGUCGAGCAGUCGAGCCGGUGGGAUCCGCACUCUCUCCGAUCUCAAUCGGAGAUCAAACCCGGACUCAGACAGUGAUUCCGACGGUCCUCAGGAGUACUACACCGGCGGCGAGAAAAGUGGUAUGAUGGUUCAAGAUCCAUCGAAGAAGGAUGAUGUUGAUGAGAUAUUCAACCAAGCUAGACAGCUAGGAGCUGUUGAAGGACCUCUCGAGACUCCUUCUUCGAGUUCCAGAAGCUUCACUGGAACUGGGAGGUUGCUUUCAGGUGAAAGCGUUGCAACCGCUCCUCCUCAACAGCCUGACCCUGUGGCUCACAACAUUAUCUUCUGGUCUAAUGGAUUCACUAUAGAUGAUGGUCCCUUGAGGAAGUUGGAUGAUCCAGAGAAUGCUUCUUUUCUCGAGAGUAUUCGAAAGUCUGAGUGUCCGAAAGAGCUUGAGCCUGAAGAUAGAAGAGCUCCUGUACAUGUCAAUCUGAUGCGAAGGGAAGAGAAAUGUCCUGAAAGAGAGAAGCCUAAGGUUUCCUUUCAGGGCGUUGGAAGGACUCUUGGUGGUGCUACCUCAUCGCUGGCUCCAGAUUCCGCAGCCGUUCCGGUACAAACCGGUUUAGCAUCUCCACCGUCUCCAACUCUUGUAAUAGAUGAAACCCUUCCGACCGCAUCGAUCCAGAUUAGACUAGCGGAUGGGACCCGGCUUGUGGCUAAGUUCAAUCACCAUCACACGGUUAACGACGUUCGGGCUUUCAUCGACUCCUCUCGGCCGCCUGGAGCUCCGGUUAACUACCAGCUUCAGACAAUGGGAUUCCCACCUGCGCCUUUGACUGAUCUCACUCAGACCAUCGAACAAGCUGGUCUAGCCAACUCUGUUGUUCUUCAGAAAUUCUAGAAUGUUUCUUCUUUUUUUGUCUUUGGAUCAGAGUUUCCGUAACUGUUACUGUAACCAGAAAAUGUUGGCACUUAAACGGGGUCUCUCAUAUCGGAAGAACAAGACUCGUGGUAUAGAUUUAAUUAUUUUAUCGAAAAUAUUAUUCUCAUUA